GAUAAGCAUUACAUGUAUCCUUACCAAAUCAACAACUAUCAGUGAAAAAUGAACUUUAAAGUGACUCUCAAACUACUUGGAAAUGAGAUCCUUGAAAAUGGAAUAACUCCUGGAGGAUAUAUCACUCCUGGAGGUCCAACCCCAGGAGGCCCAACUCCAGGAGGCCCAGAAACCACAGAGAUUUGUAAACAGGAGGAAAACCUUCACAUCCUUGCCAAGAAUCAGGAUAAUCUUGAUGAGUACGAAGUCAAAACUGAUUUUAACCCAGAGCAUUUCCUUAAACUUCAAAAGUGGACUAACAACGGAAAGUACGAGAUUGAAGAAGUCAAUAAAAACAUGAUUAAGCUCACCAUUGAAGUCUGUACUUUCUAUUUGAAGAAGAACAACAAGACUAAUAAUCAGUUGAUUAGAGGUGAAAUUACAGACCUAAAGAAGUCUUCUGAUACCAUUCUGAGAGACAUUAAGCUGUUCAAUUACUACUUCCUUAAUCAUUGGAAGGAGAAGUAUAGAAUCAUGAUGAAAGAGAAGGAGUUCAUCCGUAGCCCAUGCAUUGACAACCCUCAGAACUUGUACAACCUCACUGAUGGGGUUGGAUUUUCAGAAGAAAAUGACCAAAUGGAUGAAAAGACCUUCUACAUUGGCUUUAAACAGCCUCUUCAUGUUCACAUGAAUGGAAAAGGGUACAACCUGAAACACCUGAAAAGUUUAAGUGAUGAGGAGAGAAAGACCACUGCCUUUAUUAACGGCAAGGGGAAAGACUAUGACCUCGUAGAGAUAGACUCUGUGUUCUCCCACAAGAUGAUGAUUGAAGGACACCCUACCCCCUAUUACAUGCACAGAGUGGCCACUCCUGUGAUGAUCAAGGAGACUUAUGAAGUAUUGACACCUAAAACAUUCUUCUAA